AUGCGUGGCCAGACCACAGAAUCAUCCACUCUCCAAGCGAUCUCUGAUGCAACUCCAAAGGAGGGGGCUUCAAAUGCGGAAGAGUUCCACCUGGUGCUUGCGCCAGAGCCGGAUGCUGAUGGGCAGCUCAAGAGCUCAGAGCAGGAGCACGUCAAGGCCUUGCUUGCACAGUAUCAGCGAGAGGAGGGCGCUCCAGAGGUUGAGCAGCCAUCGUCCUCUGGGCAAGGAGGGGCUGGCUGGGGUGGGGAGAUUUAUGAGAAGCCGUCAGCAGCCAGCGCAGACUUGGCGUUCCACAGAUAUGUCAAGCGCAUGCAGCGGCAGCCGGACCAGUGCAUCAGAUGCGCGCAUGGCGGCUCGCUGCUGUGGCCCAAGGAGCAGCCUCCGCAGCUUGACCGCUGCUCUUGCGGUCAGGAGCUCGUCUUGGAGGCACAGCUGAUGGCGCCUCUCGUGCACAUGCUGAAUGAGGCUGCAGAGUGGCUGAGGGAUGGCUGCGCAGGGCCUUCCAGGGCCACCGGGUUCUUGACUGCGCCCUUGAGCUGGGAGUGGCUAACGAUCGAGAGUGCUCGGACCAUCGUGGACCUUGUGACACAUGGCACACUUGCAACAGUGGGGGAGGACAAUAUCCCACUCGGAACCUACGCAAGCUAUGUGCUAGAUCAAGAUGGCCAGCCCAUCCUGCGCUUGAGAGAGCAGGCUGUGCACACUGCCAACAUCUUGAGGAAUCCCCGCUGCAGUCUCUUUGUACAGCCAGAGGACAUGCCUGCCAGGCUCUUAGCCAGAGUGACACUCAUCGGCCGGGUUGAAAAGGUCGAAGAGGCCGCUGCUGAGGAGGCAUGCAGGAGGCAUGCACAGCUGCACUUUGGUGGCGUGGGAGUGGAUGCACCCCAGCCGACUGACUUGUUCUACCGACUAGUCAUCGAGCGCUGCUUCUAUGUGGGCGGCAUGGGCUCUGCCUGCAAAGCAGAGGACCUCAGCGCCGAAGAAUACAAGGCGGCAGAGGCGGAUCCGUUGAGGGAGCAUGCAUCAGCGCUGGUGGACUACCAGAACAAGGAGCGCACAGAGGAUGUACUGCGCAUUGCCAGCUUUGCGCUGGGAGUCCCCCUGGAGAAGCUGGAGGGCGCGCAGCUGCUGUGGGUGGACCGCCUCGGCAUCUACCUCUUUGCUGCCACUGUCGGCGGCGCCGGCGCACAGGUCGUCCGUGUGACAUUUGCUCGGGAGGUGACUGAUGAGAGGGAUGCGCAGAGCACUCUAACGAUGCUGGCCCAGGUGGCCUGGGAGAGAGAAAGAAAUUACAUCCCCAUCAUGUCAUCCGUGCCAGACCCUGUCUCCAACUAG